AUGAAAGAAGACGAGGCGGUGGCUACGGCGGGCCUGGAGCGGCGGACAUUGGUUGCGGAUGUCGGUGCCGGCCUCUACGACGGGAAUCUAACGGACCGGCAGCGCUGGAGCUCCGGAAGCCGGCAGUGGACAGCCUCGAUCGGCGGCUCCGGGGGCUGGGCUGGCGUGGAUUUUUGCGGCGGGUACAGGCGCGGAAAUAUCAUAUCAUAUCUUUAUUGCCGCCGGAUGGCGUUCACCACAGUAUGGAUAGAGAGUUGUCUUUUGAUUUAUGUGGUAAUGGGCAUAUCAAUGGUGUUUGCUUAUGAGACGAUUAUAUGA